GCCUCGUCUCGCCUGCCUGCUGCAAUCUGCAGCGAGGGAACAGGCUCUUAAAGGGCAAGGCCAUGCCUGGGCUGGCUUGACAGAGUCCUUUGAUGCAAAGAAGCCAAAGGGUUCCCGCAGACAACUUGUCGGUCGCCAGGCGGUGAGGAAGACAUGCGCUUCCGAUAAUGGAGAUAAAAGAUUCGGGCAGCGUGGUGCUGACAGCCUACCAUUCUUACACCCCAUCCCGGCUGCCGAGCAGGGUGGAGCAGAGCUUCGCUCCAGAGAGCCCCCCAAGCCGGUCUCCUCUCAGGAAAUCUCUCCCUCGUUGCCAAAGAAUUAGCAGAAUGCUCUCCAAUGAAUCAUUGCGUCCUCCUGUGUACAGCCGUUCCAAUUCCCAGGCUUCUGUUGACAGCACUUCUAUGGAAGAUUUCUGGUGUGAGGUAGAAAACAUCAAGGAGAGCGCAGAAGAAAGGCAAGAUGAGCAAACUCUGUUAGAAGUCAAGCCUCCUGAUGAAGGUGAGCUAGAAGCUGAAUGGUUGCAAGAUGUUGGCCUAUCUACAUUAAUAUCAGAAUCUGAAGAAGACAAUGGGGAAGCAUUACUAUCAACAUUGACCCGAACUCAAGCAGCUGCAGUGCAGAAGAGAUAUACCACAUAUUCUCAAACCAUGAGAAAGAAAAAUAAACACACGAUCAGAGAUGUGCGUGAUAUUUUCGGUAUCCAUAACUCCUCUCCUACAUUCGAGACCUUACCAGUGGUACCUGUUACAACCAAUGGUAUCCAGUUUUCUGUGCAGAAUCCAGGUUGGAAAAUGGUUAGCUCUAGUGACUGUAUGGAAUAUGAACUCAAUAAAGACAGCCAGUUGGAGAAAGAGGAGCUUUCCCUUGAAAUUUCAUUCUCAGAAUCAAUCAUGGUGGUUCCAAAACACAGAGAAUGUCACAAAAAUCAAAGGUUAAAAAAGGAUAAUUCUGCAUUGCCUAACUAUACAAUUAGGAGAAGUCGACUUGGAUUAACUGAAGUUGGAGAUUUGUCUCUUGAUGACAUGAAGAAAAUUCGUUAUCUCUCUCUGAUUGAAUUAACUGCUUUCUAUGAUGCUUUAGGAAUAGAGUUGAAAAGGAACCGGACAGAAAGGAUGAAAAGGCGAGAAAAUGGCCUUUUCGGAGUUCCAUUAGCAGUGCUCCUGGAAAACGAUCAAAAGAAGGUUCCUGGAAUUAAAGUUCCCCUCAUCUUUCAGAAACUAUUGCUCAAACUUGAGGAAACUGGUCUGGAAACAGAAGGUAUUCUUCGAGUGCCUGGAUCUGCCUCCAGAGUGAAGAGUCUUCGCCAAGAAAUUGAAGCAAAAUUUGAUGAAGAUACUUUUGACUGGGAUCAAGUGCGCAACAAUGAUGCAGCAGGACUGCUGAAGAUGUUUGUACGAGAACUACCAAGUCCCCUCUUCCCUGUAGAAUAUUUGCCUGCUUUUAUCACAUUAGUAGAAAAAAUCUCCAAAAUCAAACUGCAGCUCCAGGCUUUGCAUUUGCUGAUCAUGCUGCUUCCUGAUGCUAGUCGCGACACAGCCAAGGCACUUCUACAGUUUUUGAAGAAGGUAGUGGCUAAUGAAAAUAAAAAUAAAAUGACUUUAUGGAAUGUCUCCAUGAUUGUUGCCCCAAACCUCUUCAUCUACAAAGGCAAACAUGCCAAUCAAGAAGAGAUGCUAGCAGCAGCCACCACUGCACAUGUUGUGAGGCUUUUGGUUAAAUACCAGGAUAUCCUAUGGGUGGUCCCAACAUUUCUGAUUUCUCAAGUGAGAAAGAUGAAUGAGGCUGCAAUGAACAAUACUAAAAGGCAGCUCAUGUUUGACAAGGGUGUAAGAAAACUAUUGAGAAGGAAAACUAUGGAGCGGGAGAGACCAGAAAGAACAGAGUCUGAUAUACCCGAAGGUGUGAUAAGAGUCCAUGCUCCACUGCAUUCAAAAGUUUCUAUGGCAAUUCAACCAAAUAAUCAAACUAAAGCCAAAGAUAUUGUGGCACGUUUUUACUGUGAAAACAGACAUGGAUCAUCAGAAGAGUUGAAAAUGCCAAUCCAAAAUUUAUAUGAAAUUGGAGGAAAUAUCGGAGAGCACUCUUUGGAUCCAGAUGCAUAUAUGCUGGAUGUGUACCGUGCCAAUCCUCAAGCAGAGUGGGUAAUUAAACCUAAAAUAAGUUCAGUAUUUUAAAGACAUAUUGGCAGACUGCUUUGGGUAAUGUCAAAAGAACAGUCCAAAAGUCUUCUCAUCAGGAGCCACGUUGCCAGUGAUGAAGCCAAAGCAGCUGUACUCUGUGUGUAUCUUCUAAAUAUAAACUAAGCCUUUUAUCCUCAAAUUUAUUAUAGAACCUGAGGACUUCAGUUAAUAGUUUGUUAUAAUAAUAAUAAUAAUAAUUUAUUUUUAGUGAGUACAUCUUUACACUGGUUUUACUGGUACCAGUUUUCAGCUUGAUGCGAUGUGAAAGAAUACAAUUUGAAACAUACGAUAACAUAAAAGAAACUGGUUUUCCCCUGUUGUUUGCCACUGAGAAGUUGUAAAGUGGCAUCUUGGGACACAGGAUGACAUUUAAUAGAAAGGUUCUCAAAGUAAAGGGGAUAGCGUUUUUUAAAAUAGGAAAUAAGGGCAGUGCCAGAAUGCCGUGACAACUCUUUCCUGUUCAAAAUAUUUUUUUUAUUGUGAAAUGUUAUUACAAUACCUGUGACUCAGUUCAUAUUGCUAGCUGCCAAUGAGAAGGAAAACUACUGUGUAAAGUAUUUUUAGUGUAUUGUAUAUGAAUAUAAAUAGUACACAAUUGCAAAUUA